UAAGUUUUGUUUUGAUAAUUGGUUUAUUUAUUUAUUUUUCCUGUUUAAGUGAUAUGUGAUAUUCAUAACAAUGGAGUAGUAAUGGGAAAUCAAUUAAUAAACAGAUGUAAAGCAAAUAACAGUGAAGUAUCAGAACAUACAUUACCAUAUUUAUAUACAAGCGAUGCACCGAAUAAAGAGUUUUUAUUAAAUCUCACUAAUUUUAAGAAAUCAUCGUUCAACGAUAAUAAAAUUGGUCGUAUUACUGGAUUAGAUCCUGCUGGACCCUUGUAUGGAAUCCCUAUACUUAUUAACUCAAAGAAACGUUUAACUAAAGGAGAUGCUCUUUUUGUUGACAUAAUUCAUACGUGUGCUGGAGUGUUCGGAAUGCCACAAAUCAUAGGUGACGUUGACUUCUAUCCCAACGGUGGCAGUUCACAACCUGGAUGUAGUUUUUUAGAUUUUAAUUGCAAACAUUUUAGAGCUGCUUUGUAUUAUGCUGAGAGUGUAUCCAGUAAUACAGGUUUUGUAGCAUACAAAUGUACGUCGUGGGAGGCAUAUACUGAAGAAACAUGUGCAAAUAAUGAAAAACAGUUAAUGGGCUAUCCUGUGACCGCAACGUCAAACGGCAAAUACUACUUAACAACAAAUGCUAAAUCUCCUUUUGCUCAAGGAGAUUUAUAAUAUUAAAUUUAUUUGUAAAAUGUAUUAUUUUAUUUAUUAA